AUCCUCUGUAACUAUGACGUCAGAGAAAUUAAUUUUGGGAGCUGCUGAUUACACUAUUUUGGGAAUCACAUUGUCGAUAUCUGCAGCCUUGGGACUCUACUUUCGGUUCUCAGGAAACAAACAGAAAACCAAUGACGAAUAUCUUCUUGCUGGCAAAGACAUGUCAAUACUUCCCGUUGCUUUUUCACUAAUGGCUAGUUUCUUCUCAGCUACGAUUCUCAUGGGACUUCCUGCAGAAAUGUACGAUUAUGGAACCAACAUGGUUUUUAUGAAUAUUGGAUUUUCAGUUGGACCAGUGAUUGCUGCUUAUCUAUUCAUUCCCAUAUUUUUCAAUACUGGUAUUACGACAGCAUAUGAGUACCUGGAAAAACGUUUUGGUACACCAACGAGAAGAAUCCUUUCGGCUUUAUUUAUAUUUCAGAAUGUACUCUUCACGUCAGUAACUCUGUUUGCACCAGCUUUAGCGCUGAGUGUUGUCACCAAUUUAUCGCUUACCAUGUCUGUCAUUUCAGUAGGUGUGGUUUGUACAUUUUACUGCACUUUGGGUGGCAUGAAGGCUGUUUUGUGGACAGACGUUAUCCAAGCAAUUCUGAUGUAUACUUGUCUUCUUACAAUUGCUAUCAAAGGCUGCAUGAACUUAGGAGGCAUUUCAGAGGUAUUUCGCAUUGCUCAGGAAGGUGGUAGGCUUGUUAUCCCAAAAGUCUCGUUCGACCCAGAAGCUCACUAUACUAUAUUUAGCGUAGCUUUCCUUGGUUUAGUGAUUACAAUAAGCGCUUAUGCUGGAAAUCAAGUUCAAGUGCAAAGAAUGCUGACACUCAAAAACAGUAAACGAGCUACCAUCGCCACAGUUCUUAGCGCACCAAUGUUGGUAGCUUUUCAUUUGUUAUGCUGCUUAUGUGGACUUAUUUUCUAUGCAACUUACCGAUUGUGUGAUCCUAUGACUUCACCUGAAAAGCCAAUUCAAUCUGCCGAUCAACUAAUGCCCUAUUAUAUUGCAACUACAAUGAGUGGCUAUCCAGGUCUUCCAGGUCUGUGUAUUGCUGGCAUCUUCAGUGCCUCCUUGAGUACAAUUUCAUCGGAACUGAACUCCUUUGCUGCAGUCAUGGCAGAGGAUUUCAUUAAACCCAUAUGGCCAAGAUUCAAAAAUUCAGUUUUUAUAACGAAAAUUAUAAGUUUAAUAUAUGGUGCACUGUGUAUAGCUCUAUCGUUUUUGGUAGCUUCCAUUGGGAAUCUUCUCAAAACGACAAUUGUAGUGGUUGGAAUGAUUGCUGGUCCUAAUCUAGCGGUAUUUCUCCUAGCAUCUCUCACGACAACAACCAAUGAAGAGGGAAUAAUAUUUGGCAUAAUCGCAAGUGUCGCCGUAUCUUCUUACCUAAGUUUCAUGCCAACUCCUACUUUCAAGAAUCUGCCUCUCUCAAACGAAUGCCCUGAACAAAACCUAACAUCAAAUAUAAUAAACGCAACUCUAGCUUUUACAACGCCAACAUCAUCUUCAUUCAAUACGACUAAUAGUGAUGUUCAAAAGGAUGCCUUUUAUGUGUCUUAUAUGUGGAUAACUCCUCUUGCGAUGGUUAUUUGUUUAGUAAUCGGCUACAUUAGUAGCAUCAUUGUACUCUGCUUUAGAAAUAAGCCAGAAGUACCCAUGGAAUAUCUGAGCCCAGUAAGACGUUGGUUUUCAGAGAGAAAUAUUCACAAAGAAAAAGAUCUCAUUAAGAUUUCUUCUAUAUCUAAACCUUCAAUUCCACUUUCAGAACUAGGAUUCAGCAACCCUCAGUUGAACAGGGCACAGACUAUCCAACAAUGAGAUCCUGGAAAUGGGGAAAUAAUCGAUAACAUACUUAUCAAGUGAAUUAUGGCAUUCUAAUAGCUGCAGCAACAAUUUGCCUUCAGCGUAUUUAAUGAAUAUGCAUAUUCAUUCAAGAUAUUUCGGCCAUAUUUUUAUAAGAAACAUUUAACGCACUUCUUUGAUCUUUUUCACGGAAGAAGACCGUUACGCCCAAGUGUCUGUGUAGAUGAAAAGGAUACUAGUAUAAUGUUUUGAUAAAAUAGGAAUAAAAUGCAACUCAAAGAGAAAGUGUGCAUAGAACUUGCAUCAAGUGAUUAGAAUCUUUUCAGAUUUUAUUAAUUAUUAUCCUAUUAAUGUUAACAUGAAAUUAUUUAUAGAUAUAUUAAACGAACAUUUAGUUAUUUGUUUCUUGUACGAAGUAAGGCAUUGCUGAAUGUUCCUUCAAAUUGGCAAGUUACUAAGCUAAUUACAAAAACUAAAUGUAAAAUUUAGAAAAAUAAAACCUUGUCGAUGAUGAUAUAAAAUA